ACUUACUGUCUUCAAACCUACUUGUUCAGAUUCGGCUGGUAAUUAAUGAACCGAGUCGAGCAGUACUCCUUUAUCUUGUUCAGACUCAGUUCCUUAUUAAUAAACGAGUCGCGAGGUUGAAUUUACUCGUUUUAUCAACUAGUUGUGCUCGCGAGCUGGCUCAUAAUUUAUUAAAAGGUUGGCUCAUCAAUAAAAUCACAGAGUUUGACUUGAGUAGUGAUGAAAAUUGGACGGGGCUGUACAAUAUUUCUCAUACCGCCCCCCGCACCAAUUAGCGCUGGUCAAUUAGGAUAAUACCCUCACAGUGUGGGGUUUUCAUAUUUUUUUCCAAACUGACAUCAUGAUGAACUUACACAAACCGAUUGUACCGACGAUCGAACUAUACCACUUGCAACCGGAAUUUAACAACCUCAUGCUACGUUUCUUUGAAUAUUGAAAUGAUCAUAUGGCCCCAUUAUGUUUUGAUCAAGUACACUACAAAUAUGCCUGACCUCAGGACACUGAUGAAUCAUUGCCACAAAAACAACCAAAGAGCCAUCAUCGCCCAUAACAUGAAAACUCUCAGCCAACCAACUUUUUUAAUCCUUUCCUUAUUAUCACUCCUCCUCCUCCUCUUCCUAUUGGCUCAGUUCCCUCCUCCAGCACAAGCCAAGUUCUCCCGACUCGGCGUCCACAGAAAAAGAAGCCCAAACCAAGCACGGCGGCAGCCUGCGGCGGCGGCGGCCGGCGACGACGACGACAUUGAGAGCGAUUUCGUGACGUUUUACUACAACCAGACGCUCGACCACUUCAACUACAGGCCGGAAAGUUACACCACUUUCCGGCAGAGGUAUAUUUUGAACGUGAAGCACUGGGGUGGCGGCGCCACCACCAAUGCUCCCAUUUUGGUAUACUUUGGGCUUGAAGGCAGGAUUGAGCAUGCCUUGGAGAAUAUCGGCUUCCUCACUGAGAAUGCUCCCCAUUUCAAGGCCCUCCUUCUGUAUAUUGAGCAUCGGUACUACGGCGAGUCGGUGCCGUUUGGGUCGUGGGAGAAAGCUUCGAGGAACGCCGCUUCUCUCGGCUACUUGACCUCCGCUCAGGCGAUGGCAGAUUACGCCGCUGUCAUCCUCCACGUCAAGCGAACUUACUCGGCCGGAAACUCCCCCGUCAUCGUCGUCGGUGGAUCCUACGGUGGAAUGUUGGCAUCGUGGUUUCGUCUGAAAUACCCACACAUAGCGCUUGGAGCGCUGGCUUCGUCGGCUCCCAUCCUUUACUUCGACGGAGUCAAGCCUGGAGGUGGUUACUACUCUAUCGUCUCCAAGGAUUUCAAAGAAGCUAGCGAGAGCUGCUAUGAGACGAUUCGCAAGUCGUGGGUAGAAAUCGAAAGAGUGGCUGCUUCCAAGCCCAAUGGGCUUUCAGUCCUCAGCAAGAAAUUCAAAACGUGCAGUCGUUUGAGGAGGACAUUCGAUCUAAAGGAUUACCUGGACUCCCUGUACUCGGAAGCGGCUCAGUACAACGAGCCGCCGGACUACCCCGUCGGCAUAGUCUGCAGUGCCAUCGACGGAGCCCCAAACGACGACGUUUUGGGCCAGAUAUUCGCCGGCGUCGUCGCUUACAUGGGGGACAGUUCCUGUUACGACGUCGCCUCUGACUCCGCUCCUCCUACACCUUCAGCUAGUGCAUGGAGUUGGCAGAUGUGCAGCGAGCUCGUAUUCCCAAUAGGGCACGACGACGACGGCGACGGCACGAUGUUCCCGCCGGAGCCCUUUGAUCUGAAAAGCUUUACCAAAAGUUGCCGGAGCCGCUUUGGAAUCGUUCCCCGGACUCACUGGGUCACCACGUUUUACGGAGGCCACGACUUGAAGCUGGCUCUGCAUAGAUUUGCUAGCAACAUCAUCUUCUCGAAUGGGCUGAGAGAUCCUUACAGCAGCGGCGGGGUGUUGGAGAACAUAUCAGAUAGCAUUAUCGCGGUGUCUACAAUUAAUGGAUCUCAUAGCCUGGAUAUACUGACAUCAAUGCCAAGUGACCCCGAUUGGUUAAUCAACCAGCGCAAAACUGAGCUGGAAAUUAUUGGGAGGUGGCUUUCUAAGUACUACAUAGAUCUUGUGCAGUUUAAAUUGUUGCCAUCAAGUUAGUCUUUGUGUUACAUGUGUGAGCCAAAGCCACAAGAUAGUUGGACUGUUAGAUUGAAUGAAGGGUUUUGAUCAUG